AACAACAAACUGAUAAAGAAAAUCAUGAAAGGUGUAAAAAUGAAACUUGUAGGAAAUGUUGUGAUUUCUACAAUAAAAUAAUUUCGUAUAGAAACUGUUAUCUUCAGGAUAAAAAAUGUGAAUGGUCAAGGGUCAUGUAUGAAGAGGAUUUUAAUCUUAAAAAGGAAGAGAUAAAAACUCUUGGGUUUUAUUCGGCUGGAUUUGAGAAGGGAUGUGAAUUUGAAAAACUUCAUUUACAAGGGUACAUUCAAUUUAACACUAGAGUUACUGGAAAAUAUGUAAAGCAACAUUUUGGAAACAAUUUACAUAUCGUCGUGCCAACUUUUAACCCGCGGAGAAAGCAGAAUUCAGAUAGACCAUAUAAAACUGAUCCUGAAGAUGUAUGUGAUGAGUGUCUUCCAACAAAAGAAACCUGUAUGCAAAGUAGAAGAUCACUUGAAAUAAAGGAUAGGAAUGGAAUCAUUAUUGAAAAAUCUGAAGAAGAAAUAGCUGAUGAUGUAUCAGUCAUCUCUAACAACGAUGACUAUUUAGACCAAGAUAUGACAUCACGUGAUCCUGAUUCAUUGGGAAAAGGAGAAACCGCAUAUUCAAUACUCAAAAAAAAUCCAAAUCUUUUUAUGAAAGCAUCACAAUUAAAAGCAUUGAAACCAGGUGCACAACAAGAGAAUUUAAAGUCAAAGAUUUUAGUUACCAGAUCAAAAUGGAAACCCGAAGAUUUUUUAAUUCCAAAAAUAGUAAAUGAUUGGAUAAGCGAUAAUAUUUUAAAUAAACAAAAAAGAAAGCCAGGCCGUAAGUGUUCUGUUCUCGUUAUGAAAAAUGGAAAGGGAAAAUGGAGUCUUGUAGAAUCAUUGGUAAAUUGUGGGAUAAAAAUCGCACAUUUUCGUAACGAAUUUCAACCACAUGUAUACAACUCCAAUGAAUGCAACGUGUUAUGUUUAGACAACAUUUACGAUUUUACCACAACAAAUAAAAUGAAUGAACGGGUAUUCAAUAGUAGAAAAUAUGCACAACUCCUUCUUGGGAAAGAUAGAAUACUCAUCAAUCAAAG